CCCCCUGUGCCUGUAAGAAAGUCUGGGGUAGGCAGCCUCUAAAUCUCCACCCUCCAGCAUGCUCUGGCAGACUUGGGUGGCAUAUGGGGAAUGCUGGAACUUGUGGUUCCACAACAGAAGCGCUCCAGAUAGCUGUACAGUGGUGGUUAUGCUACAUACUGAAGUUCGUGUCUCGCCCGAUAGACCCAUUGCCGCUCUCCCUGAAUGCUGUCCGGUUGGGUGCUGAGGUCCCUCCUUGGUUCAUCUUCGCUCCUGCGGUGGUCUCCUCGCCGUCGUGUCAUGGAUCUUGCCUCGGUGGUCUCCCGCCUGAACGUCCUGGCCCCUCCAGCGCUGGCGGAAAGCUGGGAUAACGUUGGGCUUUUGGUUGAGCCGAGUCCACCACACAGUGUUCAGACGCUCAUGCUGACCAAUGACCUGACAGAGUCCGUCCUGGAGGAGGCAGUGGCGAGGAAAGUACAGAUGGUCCUGUCCUAUCAUCCCCCCAUUUUCAAGUCCUUGAAGCGCCUGACGUGUGGGCAAUGGAAGGAGAGACUGGUGGUGAAGGCCUUGGAGAAUCGCCUGGCUGUCUACUCCCCGCACACGGCCUGCGAUGCUUUGUCCAACGGGGUCAACGACUGGCUGGGAAGAGCGCUCGGGCCCUGCGUUUCGGUGCCGCUCCGACACUCCACAUCCCUCUCUCACCCAGGUGGAUUCGGACACGUGUUGGAGUUCAGCAGUAACAUCUCGGAGAGUAUCCUGAGCAGAGUGAGCUCCCUGCAGGGCGUGUGCCUACGUACCUUCCCGCUCAGUAAUGGUGGGGAGGAGGGAGGCCGUGUCCGCCUGAGCUGUUCCCAGAGUGCCUUGCUGCAGGCUUUGGCCAUCCUGUCGGAGGAUCCGCGUGCCUAUAGUGGUGCUGAGCUGGUGACCCUGCAGAAGCCCCCCCUAGUGGACACAGGAAUGGGUCGUCUCUGCACUCUCACAGAACCAGUGUCCAUUACAACCGCUGUGGAGCGUAUCAAACGUUACCUUGGACUAAAACACCUGCGCCUCGCCCUGGGAAGGAAGAAGAUGACGGAUUCCCUUGUAAGGGUCAUGGCCGUAUGUGCCGGCUCCGGAAGCAGCAUCCUGAGCGGUGUCCCUGCCGAUCUCUACCUCACAGGUGAGAUGUCCCAUCACGAGGUUCUGGACGCGGUGGCUGAAGGACGCAGCGUCAUCCUGUGUGAGCACAGUAAUUCGGAGCGGGGGUAUCUGCAGGACCUCUGCGCUCAGAUCACGCAGGCUCUGGAGGGGAAGGUUGAGGUUGUGCUGUCUGAGGUAGAUGAAGACCCUCUGCGGGUGGUGUGAUGAACAGCAGAGCGCUAUGGUGAUAAACCAACUUUGGAGCAGAGACUAAUUCAUAUUUAAGAGUCCUGGAAACAUCAUCUUGUCUGAGCUGCGAUUUUGUAAUUAAAUUGCCCUGUACGGAUUACGCAGUGGUAUAAGGA